CGGCGGACAGACGUGUCAAUAUGGCGACGAAACCCGUAUUAAUCGCGAUGAAAAAUAAUCUUAAUCCUUUCCAAAUCGAAUAUUAAACCAGACCUAAUAAUGGCAAGAGAGUGAUUUAAAAAAAUUAAAAGUGCUCAACGUCGUUCAAAUUUGGAAUUUCAUAGAAAAAAGUUGUGUUGACAUUACAAAGUUUCGCCGCUACAGCUAAUAGAAACGAUUUGUGAACUGUGUUUUCGUUUAUUUUGCAUCGAUUUGGAUUCUAAUUGGAACUAUUGGACUGGUUUUCUGCAUCCAAGUUUGUGAAGCUUCAGAAUUUAUCAGUUGGUUUUCAAGCUGGGUUGGCCGCCAUGGACUCUGAGAGCCGAAGCGAGUCGGCUCUGAACAGCCCUACGGAGCCCGACGUGUCACUCGCAGCCUCCCUCACUGACCCACUGGAGGCCCACACUCUUGAAGAGGCUAGGAGGACUAUAAGGGAUCUUCGCAUGAAGUAUCGUGCGCAAGCGCAUCAACUACUAACAUGGCGUCGAGCACACCGCAGCCAGGAAGAAAUGGUCGGUCGUCUGCAACGAGAAAAAGCCGAGCAACUCAAGUCUCUCUCCAGUCAACUCCUACUCUUCGAAUCUCGUCUUGUUCGCAAACAAAAAGAAAUAACCAACAUGCUGGCCUUUCGAGAAACCAUCAUAUUGAAACAACAGAAAGUCAUCGAGUCUCUUCAAGCUAAACUACUUGAACAUGGCGUCGAUACAUCACAAACCGUUCCUGAUUUCCGCGAUAUGCUACAAGAUACUCACAUAUCAGGCGACUUUGAUUCCCUGAAUGAUUCUGAUUCCGCCGUUAUUAUGGAAGACGUUGACUCGGAUUGCAGCAAUUUGACUCAUAUACCACGGUUUAGAUCGGCCAAUCCUGACAGUGUCACUAUAGUCAGGUCAAUAUCAGAUGCGAUUGACCCAAACCUAAAGUACAGUAUUGUCAGACGGUCGAACGGUUUCCUGCGUAGACCAGAGAUCCUGGAAACAGUAUACAGCGUUGAAGAGGAAGCUGACGGCGAUUCCACUAAAGGUCUGAGUGCUCAGAACAGUACUGAGAAGGAAUUAAAAGAUGCCAACAAAACUGACGAGGAGAAAUAUAAAGAAACCAGUCUCUUAGCUCAACGACGAGACAAUUUCCGAAUGAGAAGCGUUGUGCUAACUGCUGAGGUGAAAAGUAUAGACAAUGAUAAAGAUCUCAAAUCUAAAACCGCGAAGGACAUUUGGUCGUACAGUUUUGUGCCAAAGAGGAUGACUCCUGCUAAUGAUUCUGAGGAAGAAGCUACUUCAAACGCGGAGAGCGAAGAAGGGGAUCAAGAGGCGAAGUCAACACAAGUAGUGACAUACAAUCGAGUGAUGUCCAAUCAUAGAAACGUCACAAAGCCCAAAGACGUGAAAUACAAAAGGAUAAAUAAGGCGAAAUCAAAAAGUUUAGAAGAAUUAAGGGGCAGGUUAAAGAACUGGGUAGAUAAAGGGAAUAAAUUGUCAAACAUACCACUGGAGCACGCUCAGAGUUAUGCUUGAAUGACUUUCGAAGUUCCUCUAAUUAAGUUCAAUAUUCGUGUGGAAUUCUCGACAGACGAAAGUUUGCGAUCUUCAGAGCUUGUUUAUGUAACGAUAGCUUGGCAAACAUUAAAGCAUCGCGACGUUACUUCACACGUUAUUAGAGUUCUAAUUAAUAUAAUGCGAGACUCCAAUUUCAUGGAAGUUUGACAAGGGAGUAAUGUUUGUAUGAAUUUUCAUGAAACUGAGUUGAUUAGAUGAAUGCAAAAUCGACGUACCUUUUACUUAUAGGGUGGUACCUAUCAGCUUUACUGAAUAAGGCAAAUUAUAUUGAUACACUAUUCUUGAUACUAACUAUUGUAAAUAUAUUUCUAAAAAGUACAUUCGUAUGUUAAUGACUUAAGUUUUAAUGUGUAUUAAAGUUAAUCUAUAAUGAGCAAAUUUACGACUUUACAGUUUUUUGUUGGACAUUAAAAUGACUAAGAAAACCAACAAAUGGAAACGGCCUAACACUUCAAUUACCCACAAAUCACAUCUAUUUUUUGAUAAACAUUUAGGAAUAUGAUAGUCUGAAAACGGAACAGAAAUAUCAGCGAUAAGGAUAAAUAUUUCAACAGAAAACUAUAAAGAAGCUUCGAAAACUAUUUUUGUUGCACGACUGAUUACAAUAUUUAAUUUGCAAAACUUUUAACGAAUGUUAGGACAGCAUUCUUGGAAUUGAAACUUUCCUUGUGAUGGCUUGAAAGCUCCCGAUAAACUUUUAAAGUUCAGAACACACGGACGACAGAGGAGUAGCGAAGGCAUUAAAAGCUCACUCGCUUGUGUAACUCGGCCGCUGCGCCGCAGUUUGACGUGUUUGUAGAGUUCUUUGUAUUACAAGUUAGUGCGGACUCGCUUUCGAAUCGCAUUACUUUUGACUUGCUUUUGGUGUACUCAGGUCUAUAAUUGCAGUGAUUUGUAUCGCGGUGUGUAUUGUUCCAUAAAAACAUAUAUAUUAAUGCAAAGCCUUCGCUACGUUUACAGCUUUUGUGUGUGGAUGUUUAAAAUUAAUAAAAAAAAAAUUGUAAAGAAUACAACAUCUUUUCUAUAAGACGUUAUUAUAAUGACCAAUAUUUGUUUGGGAAUAGAUAACUGUUACAGAAAUAUUGUAUUCUUGUCUCGGUGCCAAUUAUUAAAGUAAUAUUCUUUCAAUUAAUAUAUUUAAGUAAUAAGUAAAUAGUAUCCUUUCAAAUUAUACAGGAUGGUAGAUGGUAUUAUUGUGUUGUGAUUGCUUAAAUUAAUAUUAAUUUCCAUAUUUUUCAGUCAAAAGUAUCUUUACACUUUUUUAUAAUUUUAUGUCUGUUGUUUAUGUUUUAUGUAUAUUACAUAUUUUAGAAUUUUGGAUUAUUAGCAUAAUUAAAAAGGCAACAAAAAUAAAACUAAGCAAUUCUUUAUUGCAUGCAUAAUUAUCGGUUUGUUUGAUGAUUCGAAUAUAUUCACACAUAAAUAACUACACUUAUAUAUUUUUAUUUAUUUUAUGGCAAUAAAAUAACAUAUAAUCUUAGAUAUAAACAAUUAAAUGCUACCUGCCUCCUGUAUUAUAUGUUUGACAUAUCAUUUCCAGCUGUAUAUGAAAAAAGGCUUCGAGAACUAUAUUUUAAUAAGUAUCUAAAAUUGUAUAUGCUGUUUGUUCAUUCCUUAUCAUAGUCAAU